CUCCUCCUUCCCUCCUCCCUCCCAUUCUCUUCCUCCUCCUCCUCCCCUUUGCUUUUCUUCACCCUUCUUCUCUCCCACUUUUUUCCCCACUCAAUUUAACGUUUCUCUAAAAAUCCUCACGGGGUUCCACUUUGCCCAGUACCAUCACCCAGUGCCUGUGAGCGCCCCGCCUUCCACCCUGCCCGCAUUUUUUCCUUCCUCCCCAGUCUCACGCACACUGACACAGCACAUCCUGCUCACCCUUCACCUGAGGAUCCCCCACAUCUAGAGCCUUCUCAUUUGCACACGGGCAUCCUAAUAUCAACAGUAAUGAGACUGAUCCCCCGUCCCUUAGAGGGUUGGGCAGCACUCUCCACAGCGAAGCUGCGUCCUGGGCUUCAGAGGCACGGCCUCUGUUUUUAUAGUUUAGCAGAUGGUUUGUGGCAAAGGCACUAUUUAGUUUCGCCCCACCCCUUAAGUCUCCAAUAUUUUAAGGACACACCAAAAGCUUUGGCAUAGAAAAAGGACUACGUUAAGUGACCAAAUCUUUUCCCUAAAGUUCUUUAGGAAAUGUCCUAAGGGUCGACAACUGAUUCCAAAACCCUUUCAAAGUGACAGUAUCAAGUACUGGGUACUGGGGAUGGGGAUUUUGAGUGGCGAGGAGAUGAACAGCCUCCCAGAACUGUGCUGGGGAUUUCCCAGGAGGCCCCUCGUGCUCAGUUGAGUCACCAAGUCCUGUGUUUGACCUGUGGUCUUCUGGGGCGGCAGAAUUUCGCUGAGCUUCUGACGGAGCAGAAGGUUCUUCACUGCCCUGAGAUCACAAGUGUCAUAUGUAUGCGAGACUUUGUCAUGGGAAACAGCUGCUACAUGGUGGUAGCUGUGCUGCUGCUGGUGGGCACCAGGAGGACGAGAGCCCUGCAGGACUCCUGUGACAAGUGUGAGGCUGGUACCUUCUGCAAGAAAGACAAUCCAGUUUGUACCAGAUGUCCUCCAAGCACUUACUCCACCAGGGGUGGACAGCCGUAUUGCAACAUCUGCAAAGUGUGUGUAGGUUAUUUCAGGUUCAAGAAGCCUUGCUCCCCGACCAGUGACGCAGAGUGUGAAUGCACCGAGGGACUCCACUGCUUCGGGCCAAAGUGUGCCAGGUGUGAAAAGGACUGCAAGCCAGGCCAGGAAUUAACAGAGCAGGGUUGUAAAAACUGUGGCUUCGGGACGUUUAAUGAUCAGAACGGUGGUGGCCACUGUCGACCCUGGACAAACUGCUCUCUAGCUGGAAAGUCUGUGCGUGAGAACGGGACCCAGGAGAAGGACGUGGUCUGUGGGCCCGCUUUGGCCAGCCUCUCUCCAGGUACCUCCCCCACCGCUGUGCCGGCCUCUGAAGGAGGGCUCCCCUUGCAGGUCCUUACCGUGUUCCUGGCGCUGACCUCGGCCAUACUGCUGUUCCUGCUCUUCAUCAUUCUCUGGUUCUUGGUGGCCAGAUGGAGCGGCAAGAAAUUCCCCUACAUAUUCAAGCAACCAUUUAAGAUGGCCGUUCGAACAGCUCAAGAGGAAGAUGCGUGUAGCUGCCGAUUUCCAGAGGAAGAAGAAGGAGGAAGCUAUGAGAUGUGAUGUGCCAUCCCAGGAGAUGUGGGGGUCCUCAGGAAAUCGAGGAGCAGCACAGGAACCCCACUGCCCUUUCCCAGCACCAUCCUGGACAAUGUGCAAGCGCUCACCCCAUCCAAGCCUCUUCUAACGCUAACGGAUUUGUCUUUACCAUUGUUAAAUUUUUUAUUUUUAAACUUUGUGUAUGAGUGUUUUGCCUGUGUGUGUGCGUGUGUGUAUGUGUGUGUGUGUGUGUGUGUGUGUGUGUGUGUGUGUGCGCGCGUGCGCGCUCAUGCACACACACCAUGUGGGUUCCUGAUGCCAGCUGAAACCAGAAGAGAGGGUGUUGAAUCCACAGAAAGUGAAGUUAUGGAUAGUUGUGCACUAGGGACCAAACCUGUGUGUGUCCUUUGCAAGGGCAGCCAAUGGCCUUAGCCA